GCGCGCGAUCUCCUCCCCGAAGGUGUCAACCUGCUCGCGACCAGCUCCAACGUGUUCUCCAAAAGUGAUCACGCACGAUCGGACGCACGCAUGCACUUUUGUUUCUCCACGCUUCACUCUUUUCGCCCUCCUCUCGCGCGUUCGCCCUUUCUUCUCCGCGGGUUCGACGAUCUUGUGAAACGGACCGCUCAGUGAAAAGUUCGAGGGACAUUCCUUCUCCUAGAUCCGAACGGGGAGAGUCGUAACUAUUUCGAGUCUGGCACGUGACACUUUUCAGCUGGCGACGACUAUCAUGCUGGCCGGGAUCUUCGGGGACAACAAUGAGGAAGCUGAAUCGACGUAACGCUCCACGCCAGGAUGGCCGGUUGGCCGUUCAGCACCGCGCUGCUGUUCAGCAUCCUCAUCCUUGUUCGCGGACGAGGAGUGGUGCUGGACAGUCAAGGGCCGGUGCUGGUCUCGGAACCGCGCUCGAGCGUGGAGUUUUCAAACGACACCGGGGCGAUGAUCCACUGCUCGGCCCACGGCAGUCCCUCGCCGAGGAUCGACUGGUUGAUGGGCGAUGGCUCGCCGGUUCUACCGAUACCGCAUAUCCGUGAGAUGCUGAUGAACGGCUCCAUGUACUUCUUGCCGUUCGGCGCCGAGAGCUACCGGCACGAUGUCCACUCGGCCGUUUAUCGGUGUCAGGCGUCGAACAGCGUCGGCAAAGUGCUCGGCCGUGAAAUCACGGUGAAGGCCGUGGUACGCCAGAAGUACGAGGUACAAGUGCGGGAUGCCUAUGUCCUGGCGGGCAAUACCGGGGUGCUCAGGUGCGAGAUACCGGCCUUCGUCAAAGAAUACGUCGCGGUCACGUCCUGGUUAAAGGACUCGGCCUUUAACAUUUACCCGUCCGCGGAGAGCGGUGAGAAAUACCACAUGCUGCCCACCGGAGAGCUACUCGUCUUUUCCGUGGCUCCCGCUGAUGCCCACUCGACCUAUCGAUGCCGCACCGUUCACCACGUCACCGGUGACACCGUGGAAAGUUCUUCGUACGCCAGACUUGUAGUUACCGAACAUCGCAACUCGUCACCGCCGCGAUUCAACGAACGAAUGAAUCCCGCACCGAUCCGCACCGGCGAGACGAUCGUGCUAUUGUGCAUCUCGCAGGGUAACCCGCCGCCGACGUAUCUCUGGUUCCGCGAGUCCGUGUCGGGCACGACGAUGGUCUUCAAUUCGGAGAGGAUACACGCGCGGGCUGGCGUGCUGGUGCUACAGCCGGCCCGUGUCGAGGAUGCCGGCAGAUACGUCUGCCACGCGAACAAUACCGCCGGUUCCGAGCGGGUCGUGCUGGAAGUCACCAUCGUAAGCAGCCUCUCCAUCCAUCUUGCGCCUCAACAGGUAACUGUGGAUCUGGGGAAGGAUGCGGAGUUUCAGUGUUCCGUCACUGGUCAACCACAUCCGGUAAUCUCGUGGGCAAAGGAUGGUCUUCCUAUACGCGAAGGAUCUUCGGGUAGGAACAAAAUUACGGGUAACGAUGGCUCGAUGUUGCGAAUAUCUUCUAUCGUGCGGGACGACAAAGGGAUGUAUCAGUGUUUCGCCAAAAACGACUACGAGAUGGUGCAAGCCACGGCUGAAUUGCGUUUGGGAGAUGCAGCGCCUCAACUUCUAUACAAGUUUAUCGAGCAGACGAUGCAGCCGGGUCCCUCGGUGUCGCUCAAGUGUAUCGCGAUGGGCAACCCCACGCCGCAUUUCUCCUGGACACUGGAUGGGUUUCCUCUUCCACAAAACGAUAGAUUCAUGAUAGGCCAGUACGUGACGGUGCACGGCGACGUGAUAUCCCAUGUGAACAUAAGCGCGGUGCGGGUGGAGGACGGCGGCGAGUACAGGUGCUCGGCGGUGAAUCGCGUCGCGAAGGUGCAUCACGCAGCCCGGCUCAAUAUUUAUGGGCUGCCUCAUGUGCGACCGAUGGGAAACUACGCCGCCGUGGCCGGCGAGACGACCGUCAUCAAGUGUCCCGUCGCGGGCUUCCCGAUCGCCAGUAUUACCUGGGAGAAAGAUGGUCAAAUAUUACCGACCAGCCGUCGUCAGGAUGUGUCCACAAACGGUACUCUGGUGCUGCAUCGGGUUGACAGCAGCACCGAUCGCGGUGCGUACACAUGCACCGCGAAGAACAAGCAAGGUCGCUCCGAUUCGCAGACCAUUCACAUCGAAGUAAAAGUACCACCUAAAAUCGAUCCGUUUAGCUUUCCCGACAAUAUCCAGGCGGGCGCGCGGGUCCACGUGACCUGCGUGGUCAGCGAAGGCGACUCGCCCCUGAAGAUCACCUGGCUGAAGGACGGCAGGCCGUUGAAGCCGAGGGAGGCCGCUACGCAUCAGAUCGGCGAGUUCGAUCUCGCAUUGAGGAUACAGAGCGCGUCGACCACGCAUAACGGCAACUAUACUUGCGUGGCGAGCAACGACGCCGCCAAGACAUCCCGCACAGCAUCCCUCCUGGUCCAUGUACCGCCACGCUGGGUGGUGGAGCCGCAGGACGCCCGCGCAUCGGAGGGGAUGCCCCGAUUGAGCCUGCAUUGCCACGCUGACGGGUUCCCGCCACCGCUGGUCACGUGGCGGCGAAGUAGCGGCAGAAAACCAGGGGAUUAUCACGACAUAGCCAGCCACGAGCACAUGCAGGACUUGAGGAUACACUCGAACGGCUCGCUGGUGUUCGGCCGGGUGCAAGAGGAUCACGAGGGCUUUUAUCUGUGCGAGGCGGUGAACGGCAUCGGAGCCGGGCUCAGCAAGGUCGUUUACCUCACCGUCAAUGUUCCCGCGCAUUUUGUGGAAAAGCAUCGCAAUCAGACCGCGAGACUAGGCUCGAACGCCUCGUUACGCUGCGAGGCAAAGGGCGACCACCCUUUGAAGAUAGCCUGGAAGAAGGCCAGUUCCCAGUUGGAUCCAAAGCUCCCCGACUAUCGUUACACCCUGAAAGAAGACAAUACCACCGACGGGGUCGCCAGCGUUCUUGGCUUCAUCAGUACCAGCCGCGAGGAUAGCGGAAGGUACUUUUGUAUCGCGUCCAACACUUACGGCCGCGACGAGAUGACGAUUCAUCUUUAUAUCCAAGAGCCGCCAGAUUUUCCACGGAAUCUUCACGUGAUCGAGAAAGGCAGUCGCCAUAUCAAUCUGGGCUGGACAACUAGUCAAGACGGGAACAGUCCGAUUACCCAAUACAUCAUCGAGUAUAAAACUGAGUCAGAGGUAUGGCAUGAUCACACGUUCCAUUCGACGGUGCCGGGCACACGUGCUCGCGGCCACGUGAGCGGUCUACGCCCAGCUGUCACUUAUCAGUUCCGGAUGUACGCGGACAACGAAUUGGGUCGGAGUCAAGCGAGUGACAUUUUAGAGACGACAACGGAGGGGGAGAAGCCCGGCGGACCACCGCGAAAUCUCAAAGUGGAUCCCAUCAGCUCGACCGAGUUCAACGUCACCUGGGAUCCGCCCGAUCAUGAUUUAUGGAACGGCGAAAUACUCGGUUAUCACGUCGGCUACAAGGAACAUAGGUUGGGGGCAGAGCAAUACACGUACAAAACUGUGGAAAGACGGAUCUCGACGGCGAGCGUCGCCCUCGGUUUAGCAAGGACAUCCAUGCCCGGACGACAGCAUCACUUGACGAACUUGAAGAAGUUCACGCGUUACAGCGUCGUCGUUCAAGCGUUCAACGCCCUCGGUCCUGGUCCUAUGACGCAGGAAAUUGUGGCGUCGACACUCGAAGAUGUCCCGAGUAAUCCUCCACAAGACGUGCGUUGCACCGCGCUCUCGUCAACGUCCUUGCAAGUCUCGUGGGACACCCCGCCCGAUUCUAGUCUGAAUGGGAUCUUGAAGGGUUACAAGGUCAUGUGGGAGAGCACAGAUGUUCUGGUGGAGUCGACCAAGAUCACGACGGAGAUGAAGAUCACCAACGCUCUGACGGUGAUGAUCCACGGGCUUGAGAAGUACAUGAACUAUUCGGUCCAGGUCCUGGCGUCCACCAGGGCGGGAGACGGCGUCGCCUCGUUGCCCUUUUAUUGCGUGACCGAGGAGGACCUGCCGGAAGCGCCGGCCAGCAUCAAAGCCGUCGCUAGCUCGGCCACGGCCAUCAUCGUCUCGUGGCAGCCGCCCCUCAAGAGCAACGGCAAUCUUACUGCUUAUAACGUGCAUAUUCGAGGAUUGGGACCGGAAAGCAAGUGGCAUAGGAGGACCCUACCGCCGUAUCAGACCAGCUAUCAAGCCGAGGAUCUACACAAAAGAAGCCAGUACGAAUUCACCGUCGCGGCGGUCACCUCGGUCGGCGAGGGCUCGCAGACCUCGUCCGUCACAAUCUCACCCUCCAGCGAAGUUCGUGCCGCCAUAUAUUCAUUCGGCACCGUGCUCGUCGUGCCGUGGAAGCAAGACGUCAUGUUACCUUGCGAAAGCGUGGGCAAGCCCGAGCCCUCUAUUAUUUGGAAGCAAUGGGGUCAGAUAGUCAAACCAUCCGCCAGGGUGUCCCUCCAUAUCAAUGGAUCCUUGCAGAUUGUCGAUCUUCAUAGAGAGGAUAGCGGAAAUUACACUUGCUUCGUGGAGAAUCGCCACGGUUCCGACCAAAUAACUCAUCGUUUAACCGUGCAAGUUCCACCUGCGGUGCCAUUAUUGCACGCGACCAGUACCAGUAGCAAUUCCAUCAACGUGCAAUGGAAGAACGGCGACGACGGCGGUUCGCCGAUCCGCGGAUACAUUUUACACUACAAACGCGAGUCCGGUGAAUGGGAGGAAUUUAAAGUGUCGCAUAAAGUGAGCAGCUUCGUCCUGCCGCGGCUCUGGUGCGGCAACAAUUAUCAGAUGUACCUGACGGCGUACAAUCGCAUCGGCAUGGGCAGACCCAGCGAGAUCGUCAAGGCGACCACGAAGGGCUCGAAGCCGGACGAAUCGCCCGGUACCGGCGACAAGUUUAUCACGGUCAAUGUCUCGUGGAUUACUCUGCACUUAAGUACGUGGAAUGACGGGGGUUGUCCCAUAACGUUCUUUGAGCUAGAGUACAGGAAGAACGGCGAGAACAUCUGGACGUUAGUCUCGAAUAAUAUAGAGGUGCAAAAAACGUAUACUUUGAGCGAAUUGCAGCCGGGGAUUACUUAUGACAUCCGUAUAAGAGCCCAUAACGAUGCGGGCUCAUCGGUGGCCGAGUAUAAGAUAACGACGUUGCAGCCGCAUAUUAGCACGACUAUAUCCGCUAUCGAGAUCGAUCAUUACAUCCCCCAGCACAAUUACUCGGAUCUGAAGCUCAUCGUACCUCUGGUGUUAAGCUCGUUCGCGGUUAUCGCCGCGGCCGGCGCUAUCUUUUACUGCUUCCGCAAACGUCCUUUUAUGGGUGACAUCGGGAGUCUGAACGACGCUCAAACCGCGGCCGCCUUAGACAAUAAACAGAAUAUGGAACAGCGCGAGCAAUAUUACGCCACCGUACGUAAACCGCUUCGUUCGCCAAUACACGAGAUGGCUACGUUAGAAAAAAUACCAGAAUAUUCGGAAGAUAUCUACCCGUACGCCACGUUCCAGCUGGAGGAGAGCGUUCCUGCUGGAGGCGACAGCCGCUGCAAUUCUGCCGCGCCUCUCCAGACCUUCGUCUAUCACGACCCUCGUCUCUCCACUGCCGAUACCCUUCAGUUACGAGAGUCGGAUUGCAACCGGUACACUAAGGUGCGCGGAGGCCGUUCGUCCUCUGCGCCGUUACACAAAGCGCACAAGGUCAGUCAGGGCAAGUCCGAGUCGGAGGAGUACGACACCCUGGGCUCGGACAGCGACACGGAAGUCGGGACCAGCAGCCGAACCGAGUCUUCCAAUCACCUCGUCGAUUCGCACCACUCGGCAUCUGCGGCCGACUCGCGCGUCCACAACUUCCUGUACCAUGGACCAGAAUCUAGCACGUCUACAGAACCCUCACCGAUUUUUGAGAGAAAAUCGUUUCCUGGAAGGGGAAGACCCAAGAUGUUACAGCUGGCGCGUCAUACCAGCGAGGAGGCCCGUGCCAACUUCGGGUCAAUCGCCGGGCCUGGCCAUCCCAAGCACCAGUCGGGCAAUUCCUAUGCCAAUCGGGAACAGGAACGUGACGGAUCAGGAAACCUGUUCGUCCCCAAGCUGGACCCACCCUCGGGCUUCUCCGACGCGUUUGAGCUAAGCGAGGCCGAAUGCGACUUCGAUCGCGGCCACAACAGCCAACGAAACGUCCGUGACUUUGUAAUCGCGGUGUAAAUACGUGUAAAAGCCUCCGAUGAGAUAUACGAGAACCCCGUCGUAAAGUAAAAGGAAACAAAAAAAAAAGAAAUAAGACAGGAAAAAAA